UUCAUUGAUUAAAAUAUUUGCCUAAUAAGCGUGUAACUCAACUCUUGUUUCAUAAAUUAAAUUUAUAAAAGAAUCAUAACCAUUUUUUUAAGUGUAACAAAAUAUCUAUAAAACAAAUACACCUGUUUGCCAAAAAAGAACCUAUUAUAAGUAAAUUUUCACUAUAUAAGAAAUCAUCAUUUUUUUUUCUUGACAUUAUUAAAUAGUACGAUUUGCAGAUUGAUAGUACGAUUAUUAAAUAGUACGGUUGUGGAUUAGUAAAUUCAUAUUAUGAGUUGGAAAAAAAUAGACGGUAUUCUUACCCAACUUGCCGUUGGUCGUGAUAAUAAUGUAUGGGGUAUAAAUUUCAAGGAUGAGAUUUUCCAAUACACAGGACAAACUUGGCGCAAUAUAGAAGGCUUAGCCGUAAAUGUUGGUGUAGGAGCUGAUGGAACUGUUUGGGUUGUCAACCGGUUUGACCAGAUCUUUGCGUGGAAUGGCAUAGGAUGGACUAAUGUUCCUGGAGCCCUAGUCCAGAUAUCAGUUGGUGACAAAUCUCAAGUUUGGGGUGUUAAUCGUGCAGAUAAUGUUUUUUAUCGAACUAAUGGUGAUGUUUUAAACGGUACAUGGGUCCAAGUUCCAGGACUAUUGAUCAAUGUAUCCGUAGCUUCUGAUGGAACUGUAUGGGGAGUAAGCAGAAAUAGAGAUAUUUUUAAAUGGAAUGGCAAAGACUGGAUUCAAAUUGGGGGGAAGCUUAAACAAAUAUAUACUAGCAGCGAAUCCUCAGUUGUUGGUAUUGGUAUCAAUAAUAAUGUUCUUCAAUAUAAAGAUGGUCAAUGGCUCCAAUAUAAGGAUAUUAUACUUGAAAAUGUCGCAAUUUCUAUCGAUAAUAAUUUGUGGGGCAUUGAUUCCAUGGAAGAGAUUUAUAUGUUCCAACCGAAUCUCUUAUACACAUCUAGAUUUGUAUAA